AUGCCACGAGACCCAGUCGCAGACAGAGCAAUGUACUACCGAAUCCAAACCCUCUUCCACAACCUCCUCGUUGUCAAAUCCUCCCUAAACGCGCGCCUCCACCUGGAAAAUCUCGUUCAAAACUCUAGUUUUUACUGCUUGACCUGUUCCCUUUCCCCCUCCCCUUCCUCCACUUUCACCAAUACCACCACCACCCCUACCCCCGGCACCUGCGGACCCACCUGCCCCCUCCUCCGCCCCCACUCCACCUUAGGUUUCAUCCCCUCCGACACGCCUUCCUCCAACUUCUCCGUCAUACAAUCCGACUUCGCCGCCUACUACAACAUCCUCAAGGAUAUAUAUCGUAAAGGGCGGGAUGUAACGGAUGAGGAAGUGGAGGGAUGGGAGCGCCAGGCCGAGGAGAUGAGGACGUGGUCCGAGACGCCGACGGAGCGGUGGGAGAGGGAGGGGUGGCAGGUUUGGAGGCGCAGGGAGAAGUGGAUUAGGGGGGUUUUUGGGAGGGAGUGGGAGGGUGGGGGGGCGUGGGGGGUUAAGAGGGAGGGAUAG